CUCUCUCUCUAUCUCUCUCUCUCUCUCUCUGAUCAGUACUACUGCACCCAAUGAUCCCCUCAAUCAUUCCACUUAUAUACUUCUUCUCUUCCUCAUUUCCUUCCUUGCAACAACCACCAUAACACCCUCAACCUCCCUCUCUCUCUCUCUCUCUCUCUCUCUCUCAAAUGGCUUGCCAGUACCACGUGAUCUUACUUAUUGGGUUACUUUUGUCACUCUCUUGUCUUUCUGAUCAAGCAAUCAAUACCAACCAGUCUCAUUUUUUCGCCCUCAUGAAAAAGUCCGUCUCAGGGAAAUUCUUGUCUGAUUGGGAUGUCUCAGGAGGGAAGCCUGUCUGCAACUUCACCGGAGUUUCUUGCGACGAUCAAGGCUAUGUCGUCAAGCUUGAUGUCUCCGGGUGGUUACUUUCUGGUAAAUUCCCGGCAGACGUAUGCUCUUAUCUGCCAAAGCUACGGGUGCUCAGUCUCAGCAGCAACAAAUUCAGCGGCGACUUUCCUGCCAGCGUCGUCAACUGCGCCUUCCUGGAGGAGCUUAACACGAGUCGCCUGAAUCAAUCAGGGCAGCUUCCUGAUUUCUCGCCGAUGAAAUCUCUACGAAUACUUGAUUUGUCGUACAACUUAUUUAACGGCAGCUUCCCCAUGUCAGUAACUAACCUUACCAAUCUGGAGGUGCUUGCCUUCAACGAAGACCAGGGCUUCAACUUAUGGCAACUCCCGGAGAAUAUUUCCAGGCUGACAAAGCUAAAAUCUAUGGUCUUGACAACAUGCAUGGUGUACGGUCGGAUUCCUGCGGCAAUAGGAAACAUGACAUCACUUGUUGAUCUUGAAUUGAGCGGAAAUUACUUGGUGGGUGAAAUUCCAAAAGAGAUUGGAUUGCUCAAGAACUUGCAACAGCUUGAGCUUUACUAUAACAUGCUCGUCGGCAAUAUACCGGAGGAGCUUGGAAAUCUUACAGAGCUCGCAGACAUUGACAUAUCAGUCAACAGGUUGACGGGAAACAUCCCGGAGUCACUUUGUCGGCUUCCCAAGCUCAGUGUCCUCCAGCUUUACAACAACAGCCUUACAGGGGAAAUCCCAGGUGCGAUUGUAAACUCAACAACCUUGACCAUUUUGUCACUUUACGCCAACAAUCUGACAGGACAUGUUCCACAAAACCUCGGCCAAUUGUCACCGAUGAUUGUUCUAGACGUUUCAGAAAACAAUCUGUGGGGUCCGUUGCCCGCAAAAGUUUGCAAUGGAGGUAAAUUGGAAUACUUCCUUGUUCUUCAAAACAUGUUCUCUGGAAACUUGCCUGACAGUUAUGCAAACUGCAUGCCUCUUCUACGGUUUCGUGUUAGCCAUAACCGUUUGGAGGGCUCCAUACAUGAAGGGCUGCUAAGUCUUCCACAUGUCUCAAUCAUUGACUUGGGCUACAAUUUUUUCACUGGUACCCUUGCCAACACAAUCGAAAAGGCCCACAAUUUGUCUGAACUAUUCAUACAGAACAACAGGAUUUCAGGUGUUCUGCCUCCAGGAAUCUCUAGAGCAAUCAAUCUGGUGAAGAUUGAUCUUAGCAAUAAUCUUCUGUCUGGCCCAAUACCCUCUGAAAUUGGAAAUUUGAGAAAGCUAAAUUUGCUGCUGCUACAAAGCAACAAGCUCACAUCUUCCAUCCCCGACACACUUUCAUGGCUAAGAUCUCUCAAUGUUCUUGAUCUCUCCAACAACCAAUUGACAGGAAGAAUCCCAGAAAGCCUCUCUGAAUUGUUACCAAACUCCAUCAACUUCUCAAACAAUCGGCUUUCUGGUCCAAUUCCUCUCUCUUUGAUAAAAGGAGGGUUGGUAGAAAGCUUCUCUGGCAACCCAGGUCUCUGUAUGUCAGUCUAUGUUAACUCAUCGGAUAAAAGCUUCCCCAGUUGUUCAAAGACUUACAACCGGACGAAACUAAACUCCAUCUGGGCAAUUGUAAUCUCAGUUGUUCUCAUCGUUCUUGGAGCCAUCCUUUUCCUGAAGCGUCGGUUUAGCCAAGAAAAAUCUGCUAUAGAACAUGAUGAGACCAUGUCUUCAUCCUUGUUCUCAUAUGAUGUAAAAAGCUUCCAUCGAAUAAGUUUCGACCAACGUGAGAUCUUUGAAGCCAUGGUUGAAAAGAACAUAGUCGGGCACGGAGGAUCCGGGACAGUGUACAAGAUUGAGAUGAGCAGUGGGGAAGUUGUUGCAGUGAAAAGGUUGUGGAGUCGAAAAACAAAGGAAACAGCUUCAGAGGAGGAAGAUCAGCCGUGUACAAACAAGGCGUUGAAAACAGAGGUGGAUACUCUUGGAAGUAUAAGGCACAAAAACAUAGUGAAAUUGUACAGCUACUUCUCAAGCUUGGAUUGCAGCCUGCUGGUUUAUGAGUUUAUGCCAAACGGUAACCUUUGGGAUGCUCUUCACAAAGGGCGUAUCGAUUUGGAAUGGCCUAUUCGCCAUCAGAUUGCGCUGGGGAUUGCACAGGGUUUGGCAUACCUCCACCAUGAUCUAUUGCCUCCUAUCAUUCACAGAGACAUCAAGUCAACCAAUAUCCUUCUAGAUGUCAAUAACCAGCCCAAGGUUGCAGAUUUUGGCGUAGCCAAGGUUUUACAAGCAAGAGGAGGGAAGGAUUCAAGCACUACAGUAACUGCAGGCACUUAUGGUUACAUGGCCCCAGAAUAUGCAUAUUCGGCUGAAGCAACAACCAAGUGUGAUGUGUACAGUUUUGGAGUAGUUCUAACGGAGCUGAUAACUGGGAAGAAGCCAGUGGAGCCAGAGUUUGGAGAGGGCAAGGACAUCACAUAUUGGGUCAGAAACAAAGUGGACACCAAAGAAGCCAUGGAGGUCUUAGACAAGCGAUUGUCAGGGCAAUCCAAGGAUGAGAUGAUCCAGGUUCUCCGAAUCGCCAUCCGUUGCACCUACAAGGCCCCAGCCCUUCGCCCAACCAUGAAGGAGGUUGUCCAGUUGCUGAUUGACGCCGACCCCCGCAGAGUCGAUUCUUGCAAGUCGUCAAACAAGACCAAAGACACAUCAAAUAAUGUCGCCAAAACAAAGAACCCCAUUUGAGUUAUGAUUGCAUGAAGAAGAUUAAUGCAAGGUUUGAGGUGAACUAGCUAGUAUGGCAUAUAUAUCUUAAUUACUCUGAUAAAGAGCAACUUAAUUAACUCUGAUACUGUCCUUGUAAUUCUAAACAAAAGUAGUUUUUGUAGAUACUGCUGUCCUUCUUCUUUAUCUUCUCCUUUCGAGUAACGAACGUCCGUCUGUCCGUCCGUCCACAACGCUCUUACAAUUUGUUGACACGUAUCAGCAUAUAUGUCGUUGGUGCGACGUUGUAGACCAAUUAGUUGCGAGUGUAGAGCAUUAUUCCUUUUUCUUUUUCUCUCUUUGUAAGGAUCAGCUGAAGAAUGAAUACAACUGCUUUAAAAUAA